CUAAAUUGAAUCCAAUAUAUAUAGGACCUGAAGGAUUGGUGUAUUGUACUCUUAUCUUAACCCGUCCACGCAACCCCCACUCAAUUUUACCGUUUAUUUGACCUUGUAUCGUCAAUAUUCUGUCGCUAUCCGUUGCCACUCCAAGCACAAGAAUAGCAUCACCUGUUCGCACACAAAUCCGAAAAAAAGUUCCCACUUUCGCGAUUACAAAGGCAAUCAACAUCGUAUAAACUUGAUAAAAGGAUAAACAAGUGUCCCAUUAAUAAGUUUGACCAGCCUGGCACACACAAGACUUUCAAACAAGUCCGUUUCCUCUUGCAAAAAAUAAAGGAAGAGAGAAUCUCCAAUUGAUUGAGUAAAGGCAUAACCAGAACUUUGUUUCACUUGCCCCUAUUUUGCUUUCUUUUCACUAAAAUGUCAUUCAAACUUUUAACUCAAACCAACAUCUCGGUGAUUGCUCUGGCUACCCCACCUCCGCUUUUAGCAAUCCCACAACAAUCGCUCAUCAAGGGUUUGCCCGAUGGAAUUCUUGCCAUCAUUGCGCCUGUGGUGAUGUAUUGGACAUAUGCCACUUUUUUCCAUAUCAUUGAUGUGUAUGAACUUGCAGAAAAAUAUCGUAUCCAUCCUUCUGAAGAAGAAGUUUCUAGAAAUAAAGUAACUCUUCGCGCCGUGGUGCAAGAUGUGAUACUUCAACAUAUCAUUCAAUCCAUCGUAGCCUAUUGUGUAUAUCGUUUAGACCCAGUGGUUACCACUGGACAUGAACUUUAUACCAUGUGGACCUUGAGACAUUCUUCAUUUAUGCCAUCAUUUGUUUCUGAUUCGGCCAUUUACAUUGGUUACACAUAUUUAUGGCCGGCAACCAGAGUGUUUAUUGCCCUUACCCUUAUUGAUUCUUGGCAAUAUUGGUUGCACAGAAUCAUGCACACCAACAAGGCUCUUUAUCGUAGAUUCCAUUCAAGACAUCAUCGUUUAUACGUUCCAUAUGCUUAUGGAGCCUUGUAUAACGAUCCUGUAGAGGGCUUUCUUUUGGACACCCUCGGUACAGGAAUCGCGGGCAUUAUCACCGGAUUAUCUCCACGUGAGGCUACCAUUUUGUACACUUUUGCCACCAUGAAGACGGUUGAUGAUCAUUGUGGUUAUAGAUUACCAUACGAUCUUUUCCAAAUAAUCUUCCCUAACAAUUCAAUCUAUCACGAUAUUCAUCACCAGAAUUGGGGGAUCAAGCAUAACUUCUCCCAGCCUUUCUUCACCAUAUGGGACAGAAUGCUUGGUACUCAGUAUGAGUUUGUACAAGACUACAAGACUAAACAAAGCCAAAUCACCUUGACCAAGUACAAGGAAUUCUUGGCCAAUAGAAAGAGCAAGUCGAUCGAAAAAAAGGCCAAGACUAAUUGA